AUGGCUGAUAUUAAUAGUCUCGUCAUUGCAAGUGUUAUUGUUGUGCUUCUGUAUCUCUUGUUGUCUAUUGGCAAGAGAGACUCACGCCUACCUCCUGGACCACCAACCCUUCCAAUAAUUGGGAACAUUCAUCUGAUUCCUAAAGCACAGCCAUUUCUUAAAUUCACUGAACUCUCUAAGAUCUACGGUGGACUAUUUACCCUCAAAGUUGGGCCAAGAACUCUAGCCUUCAUCACUGACAGAAAGAUUGCUCGCGAAAUCUUUGACAAGAAAAGCUCUAUCUCCAGCAACAGACCCCCGAUGUACGUGGCUAAUGAACUCAUUGGAGGACACGAUCAUCCUCUUAUUGUGCCCUAUGGCAUGAAAUGGCGCACAAAUCGAAGAAUUUAUCAUAAACACUUUACCGAGAAGGUUGUUGAGAAUGAUUACAUGGAGAUUGUACAUGCAGAGUCUGCUCAGAUGCUUAGGGAUUUUGUGCUUGAUUCUGAACAUUAUAUGGAUCAUCCAAGGCGGUUUGGGAAUAGUAUCAUGACUAGUAUCAUGUAUGGUGUGCGAGCAUCCACCGUCGAUGCACCUCACAUGUAUCGCGUUUUUGACACCAUCGAGCACUUUGAAGAGAUCAUCCAGCUCGGAGCCACACCUCCAGUUGACGUCUUCCCAUUCCUUAAAUACAUCCCUGAAUGUCUGCUUGGAAACUGGGUCUCACGAGCCAAACACGUCAAACGCAUCAUGCUAGCCACCUAUACUGCUGGCAUUGAUCAUAUCAAAAACCGCAGAAAGAGACUUGGAGCUCGCAACACGUUCAUUGACCAGUUGCUUGAUGAUGAGAAGUUGGGGCUCGGUACUCAUCGACUCGGGUUUCUGACAGGUGCGAUUACAGAAGCUGGCUCGGAUACGACUGCUACCAUGAUAUUGUGCUUUAUGCAGGCCAUGGUCAAAUGGCCCGAGUUUCAGCGCAGAGCUCAGAAACAGAUUGAUGCCGUCGUAGGCGAGGAUCGGACACCGACCUGGGCUGAUUACAAGGAUCUUCCGUAUGUAAUGGCUAUUGUCAAGGAAUGUAUGAGAUGGCGACCUGCUACUCCUGCGGGGGUUCCACAUUAUCUUGAUGAAGAUUACUGGAUCGACGGCAAACUCCUACCCAAAGGCACAACUCUGAUCCUCAACGUUUGGGGCAUCCACCACGACGAAGCCGUCUUCCCCGAUCCAGACACCUUCAACCCCGAGCGCUACCAAGACAAAACCUUACUCGCCGCGCAAUACGCCAAUUCAUCCGACUACGCAAACCGUGACCACUACGGCUACGGAGUCGGCCGUCGCAUCUGUCCCGGCCUUCAUCUCGCAGAUCGAAACAUGUUUGUCGCUAUGGCAAAGCUGCUUUGGGCAUUCAAUUUUGAGAAGUUCAUUGAUCCUGUUACGGGCGAGGUCGCUGAGCCUGACUCGGAUAUUGUGACGGGGUACGACAGUGCCGGACUUGUUAUGGCGGCUCAUCCAUUCAAGUUAACUAUUACACCACGAUCUGAAGCGAGAUGUGAGACUAUCAUGCGUGAGUUUUCACAGGCUGAGAGCGACGUGUUUGCAAAGUACGAUGAUAAAAUGGAUGAAUGA